AACCUUUCAGCCCGCCGCCCUUGACAAGCAGAUUAUCUCUGCAUUCUUCGCCCAACUUCUGUCAAUUACCAACAAUACGAAGCCUAUGUUGGUUACAAUCUCGCGUGGGGUCAGGGCUACAUGCGCUGUUCGAGCCGCAAGUGCCGUCUAGGAUUUCCAGGUCAUCUCUUGCCCCCAAAGUCUCGAAAUAAGCCAUUGACGGAGAUGAAUGCGCCCGUUCCUGCAGCUGGAGAAAGUAUGAACCCGUCGAUCGAUAGCGCCGCCUUCUUAUCCCAACCUGCUACAACAUCACGCCGACAAGGCAGCGGCCAUGUAGCCAUAAGAUCUAUUGGAAGUGUAUAUGGAUAUCCCUCUUUGGCCACGAAUUACAACUACUUGAUUCCUGAGAUUCCAGGCGUGCUAGAAAACCAGUCUCCUAGUGUUGCCCCAAGCUGCGCGAUACCCAUCUGUCCAUCAGACAGUCAGAAUCCAUACGGAUUCACUGGGCCUGGAUCAUUGGUACCGGAAGACCCGGAGGGCCUACCGGGAUGGUCUACCCGAGAAUAUGGAAUCCUAUGAUCUAGACCCCCAACGACAUGCUCCCAUCGUACCGCUACAUCAGGACCAAGGGUUGGACUAUCGGAAGGGCCGAUGGUGUAGAACAAACGGGAGCUGCCGCAGUUUGAUGUCACACUGAAUCGCAAUGGAUGUUCUAAGGAAAGAUAUGCACAAGAAAGAAACUUGUCCCUUCGCUGCUCUCAAGAUCGUCAUGUAAAUCUAAGCCAUGCAGUUGUUUCAAGACGAAGACUAUAUCUACCUAUAAUUAGCAGAUAGCCUGAGGAAUUGUCAAGAGGCCCUCGUAAGAAACUCCAU